AUGGGAAAACAACCAACGCCGGCAUGCAGUGAGGAUGGGGGGCGGCAGCAGCCCGCCCCGCUGCACAGCCUGGUUCCCUGGGGUCCCCCCAGCAACAACCUGGCCCCGUCGGGGAAACCAGGAGAGCGGAGCUCCAUCCUCUAUUGUGCUGGACAGUUUUUCUUCGAGUACCUGGUGGUGGUGUCGCUGAAGAAGAUGCCAGAUGGACGUUACGAACCCAAGAUAACCUACCAAUUCCCAAAGCGCGAGAACUUGCUGAAGGGCCAGAAGGAGGAGGAGGAACGUCUCUUGCAAGCCAUCCCCCUCUUCUGCUUCCCUGACGGCAACAACUGGGCCCCCGUCACCGAGUUCCCCAGCGAAACCUUUUCUUUCGUCCUGACCAACGUGGAUGGCAGCAGGAAGAUCGGCUACUGCAGGCGGCUGCUGCCAUCCGGCCGUGGUGUCCGCCUCCCUGAGGUCUUCUGCAUCAUCAGCUGCCUGGGCUGCUUCGGGCUCUUCUCCAAGAUCCUGGAUGAGGUGGAGAAGAGGCGCCAGAUCUCCAUGGCCGUGAUUUACCCCUUCAUGCAGGGCCUUCGGGAGUCGCCCUUCCCAGCUCCGGGGAAAACCGUCACCAUUAAAAGCUUCAUCCCCGAGUCAGGCACAGAGCUCAUCGAGCUCACGCGGCCCGUGGACGCCCACCUGGAGCACGUGGAGUUUCAGGCUCUGCUCCAGCGGCUCAGCCCCCACCUCAUCCUGCACAUCUUCGCCUCCGCCGUGUUGGAGCGACGGCUCAUUUUCCUGGCAGAGGAGCUGAGCGUCCUGUCACAGUGCAUCCAUGCGGUGGCUGCUCUCCUCUACCCCUUCACCUGGGCUCACACCUACAUCCCCGUGGUCCCCGAGUGCCUGCUCGACACCGUCUGCUGCCCCACACCCUUCAUGGUCGGCAUCCAGAUGCGGCACUUGGAGCGGGUCCUGGACCAGCCGAUGGAGGAGGCUCUGAUAGUUGACCUCUGCGAAGGGAGGAUCAUCCGGGCGGUCGGCGAUGAGGAGGAGAUCUUGCCCAUCAAGCUGCAGAAUGAGAUGCUGACGUCUCUGAACAGGCACAACAACAACAACACGUCCGAGCAGGUGAACGCGCUCGUCUCCGAAGCCUUCGUGCAGUUCUUCGUCCGAAUGGUUGGCCACUACGCCUCGCACAUCAAGUGGAGUAAAAACGGCUCAGGCACCUUCCAGGAGCGAGCCUUCUGCAAAGCCAUCACCUCCAAGACCAACCGCAAGUUUGUGAAGAAGUUUGUGAAGACGAACAUGUUUUCCCUAUUUAUUGAGGAAGCAGAAAAGAGCAGGAUCCCCCAGGAAGUGUAUUUCCAGCAGAAAAUAACAGAGUACCACGAACAGAAGAAGCACCGAAGGGACUCCUGA